AUGGCUGCCACCGAGAGCUUGAUAACGGUCCUCCAGAAAACGGGUUCAAAUGUAAAUAAUGAAUUGGUUGCCGCUCAACGCUUUUUGGAGGAGGCUGCUAGAGCUGACUUACCAGGGCUUCUAAAAAAUUUGAGUGAUAUCCUUGCCAAUGUGCAGUGUGACCCGAUCGUACGAAUGCAAGCUGGUCUGCAACUAAAAAACGCAAUUUACUCCAAAGACCCGACAGCUCGUGCCUCGUAUCAUGCAAGGUGGCUUCAGUUUCCCCUUGAAUACACUAAUUACAUUAAACAAAAAUGCUUCGAAGCUCUUGGUACCGAAACUACUGUUCAUAGCUCAGCCGCCCAAUGUAUUGCACACAUUGCUUGUGCUGAGGUCCCUGCCAUGAGGUGGCCAGACCUUAUGUCGAAGCUGGUAGCGAAUGUGACGAAUCCCACCAGUACUGAAAGCGUUAAACACGCGACGCUUGAGGCCAUUGGAUACAUUUGCCAAGACAUUGAUCCAUUUAUACUAUCGAAUCAGUCGAGCGAAAUCCUUACAGCGAUAAUUUUUGGGAUGAAAAAGGAGGAACCAAGUGACCUUGUCAAGUUAGCAGCAACAAACGCCCUUCUAAACUCUCUUGAGUUUACAAAACAUCAUUUUGAUGUUGAACAUGAGCGUAACUACAUUAUGCAGGUUGUCUGUGAAUCUACUCAGUCUCCCGACCCUUUGAUCAAGGUAGCAGCCCUUCAGUGCCUCGUAAAGAUUAUGUCACUUUACUACAGCUAUAUGGAGAUGUAUAUGGGUCAGGCUCUUUUUGCGAUCACCUUAAACGCCAUGAAAUCGGAUAUUCCCGAAGUUUCACUUCAGGGUAUAGAGUUUUGGUCAACAGUCAGCGAUGAAGAAUUAGAAUUAGCAAUUGAAGCAUCUGAGUGUGCUGAAAAGGGUCAGCCUCCUACUGUUUCAAGCAAAUUUUAUGCUAAGGGUGCACUCCAAUACAUCGUCCCUAUUUUAAUGGAGAUAUUAGCCAAACAAGACGAGGGUGACGAUGACGACGAGUGGAAUCCCAGUAAAGCAGCAGGCGUUUGUAUAAUGCUCCUCGCCCAAGCAUGUGAAGACGCCAUUGUUGACAUAGUGAUACCUUUUGUUCGUCAGCAUAUAGAGAACCCCAAUUGGAAAUAUCGAGAUGCUGCAGUCAUGAGUUUUGGUAGUAUUUUGGAAGGCCCUAAUCCGACGGCUCUCAAGCCCCUUGUCGUCUCAGCAAUGCCAGUCAUAAUAAACAUGCUUGGUGAUCAGUCUCCAGCAGUGCGAGACACUACUGCUUGGACUCUUGGUCGUGUCUGCGAAGUCCUACCUGAAGUAGCUCUUUCGGAUGACUACCUUAGGCCGUUACUUCAAGGACUUCUUGAGGGCCUUCAAUCCGAACCUCGUGUUGCAGCUAAUGUUUGUUGGGCUUUCUCGAAUCUUGCUGAUAGUGCUUAUGAAGUAGCUUCUAAUGAGUCUAAUGAGCAGGAGUCAACGGACCCGCCGACGUAUGCCCUAUCGCCUUACUUUAAAGUGAUUAAUGAAAGACUUCUGGCAGUCUCAGAACGUCCCGAUGGGGCACAACACAAUCUAAGGAAUGCUGCUUACUCGGCUCUAAUGGCUUUAAUGAGAUCAGCAGCAAAGGAUUGUUAUGAGGAAGUAAAACGGGUCACUGGAAUAGUUUUGGAACGCCUUAACUUUGUGAUGGGCUUGGAAGGUCAAGUUAUCUCGUCCCAGGAUCGGGCCCAAUUCAAUGACCUCCAAUCGCUUCUUUGUGCAACACUGCAAUCUGUUUUGGGAAAAAUAAAUAAGGAAGAUGCACCAGCUCUGGCAGGGCCUAUAAUGUCGGCUCUCAUGACAAUGCUGGCAUCCACAUCAGCCGCCAAGAUUUCCGAUGGCGCCGGUGACCAGGCUGGUGAGGCGAAAGAUGCUGCGGCAUCAACUUUGUCCACGGGUGUUCAGGAAGACGCCCUGCUUGCAAUGUCUGCCUUACUGGAUGUGCUAGGUGAAGGGUUUCUUCCUUACUUGGAACCGGUUAUGCCUGUAGUCUAUCGCUGCCUCUACCUCUGCGUAGAGACACAGGUCUGUGUCAACGCAAUUGGCCUUCUCUCCGACCUUUGCCGCGUGUUAGGCAAGCAUCUAGCUCCGCACUGCGACAUCCUGGUGCAGAUUUUGAUGGAGGUACUCCAGAAUUCCGAAGCUGACAAGUCCAUUCGACCAGCAAUUCUCUCCGCGUUCGGUGACAUCUCACUAGCACUUGGUAAUGGAUUCGCAAAGUAUCUGCCUGUUGUUAUGGAGACCCUUAAACAGGCUACGCGAGCUGAAGUUGACCUGAACGACCCGGAUAUGGUGGAAUAUCUAAAUUCUCUGUGGAGUAGCUGUCUUGAAGCCUACACUGGCAUCAUCCAGGGCAUGAAGGACGGCGAGAACGGACAGUCGAGUCCACAAAUGCAGUUUAUCGCCGGCCAUGUCAGCUUCAUCGUAGCAUUCAUCCAACGUGUUGGAAAUGAUUCAAUCAACACCGAGGACAUAAUUUCCUCUUCAUGUGGCCUUAUCGGUGAUCUGGUAUCGGCCUUCGGCGCUCAAAUCCUACCAAUCGUAGAUGUCGAACAGGUUCAAAACGUGCUAACUCUGGGACGUCGGUCAAAGAACAGUCGCACUCGAAGCGUAGCUAAUUGGGCCACCAAGGAGAUCAAAAAGUUGCAAAAUGCCACCAAAGCUGCUGGCCUAGAUUCAAACCAAUUCACGGUCGCGGGUGCUAACGCCUCUGGAGCCUCAAGAGUUACCGCAGGAGGAAGUUCAGCUGGCACAAUGAGGUCUUGA